AUGAGUUCUAAAUCAGAUGUAAAUAGGAGGGUUCUCGCCAUUCAGGCGAAAAAGAAACGCCAUAAAUUAGGAAAGAAGAAAACCCGAGAAGAGGAUCACGGCGCUGGUGUACAAGGAAACGGGCUGCGCAAUCAAAAUCAGAAUCGCCUCGAACCGACCCAUAGUUCUUCUAAUGAAACCAUAGAAGAAGAUGACGACGAGCAGUACGCCAGCGACGACGAGGAGCAGGAAGAUAGUGCCGACUAUUGUAAGGGUGGUUACCAUCCUGUCAAAAUUGGGGAUCUUUUCCUAAACCGAUACCACGUCACUAGGAAGUUGGGAUGGGGUCAUUUUUCGACUGUGUGGCUGUGUUGGGACCUCGUUGACAAGCGGUUCGUCGCCCUAAAAGUGGUAAAGUCUGCGCCACAUUUUACUGAAACUGCUUUAGAUGAAAUUAAAAUACUUAAGGCUGUUCGAGACAGUGACCCUACAGAUCCGAAAAGGAAUAAAACUGUUCAAUUACUAAAUGAUUUUAAAAUAACUGGUGUUAAUGGCACUCAUGUAUGUAUGGUAUUUGAAGUCUUAGGUCAUCAUCUUCUGAAGUUGAUACUGAAGUCCAAUUAUCGAGGUAUACCUCGUGAAAAUGUAAAGACGAUAAUACGUCAAGUUUUAGAAGGCUUGGAUUAUCUUCAUACUAAGUGUAAGAUAAUUCACACAGAUAUUAAGCCAGAAAAUGUUUUAGUGUGUGUUGACGAGACAUAUAUCCGAAAGCUGGCAGCUGAAGCUACUGAAUUACAUUCCUUGGGUCUCAGAUUACCUCAUUCACUUAUUAGUACUGCACCAAAGGAAUUUCAAGAACAAGUUGUUACCGGUAAAAUGAGUAGGAACAAAAAGAAAAAGUUAAAGAAAAAAGCUAAGAGGCAAUCAAUGCUACUUAAAAAGCAGAUGGAGCAAAUAGAGGAGAUAGAAGAGCAGAAGAAAGGAUCAAAUAAUAGUGAGUCUGCCCCCAUGUCCCAAGAUAAUGAUGACUCACCUCAAACACCUGAAGAUGUCAGUGUUGUUGAGACUAGGUCAGAAACUGAAUCUACUGUAAAUGGAUGCAGUGAUGUCCAGAGAGCUGAUGAGGAGGCAUUUGACACAGAUGCGGAUGCUGUUCAGGUCAGAACUAAACAGUAUGGAUGUGGAGAUGAUGCUGGUACACCUAUGUCAGAGGGUGAACUGACAGACACUCCUCCCUCCUUUAAUUCCCAAAACAAAACAUCAAUAGAUAAAAGAUCAGAUCCUGCCUUUCACAUAUGUGAAGUUGAAGUAAAGAUUGCUGAUUUAGGUAAUGCUUGCUGGGUUCAUCGUCAUUUUACAGAGGACAUUCAAACGAGACAAUAUAGGUCAUUGGAGGUUUUACUUAGUGCAGGAUAUGGGACAUCUGCCGAUAUAUGGAGCACAGCUUGUAUGGCAUUUGAACUGGCCACGGGAGAUUAUCUUUUUGAACCCCACUCAGGAGAAGGCUACAGUAGAGAUGAAGAUCAUCUAGCCCACAUUAUUGAGCUUUUGGGUGACAUUCCCAAAAGAAUUGCGGCAUCAGGAAAAUACUCAAAAAUAUUUUUUAAUAAAAAAGGUGAGCUAAGAAAUAUAACUGGCCUAAAGCCUUGGGGUUUAGUAUCUGUCCUUACUGAAAAAUAUGAAUGGAGCCAAACUGAAGCAGAAGAGUUUGCUGAUUUUCUAAAACCUAUGUUAGACUUUGAUCCAAAUCGGCGAGCCACUGCCUAUGAAUGCCUCCAACAUCCAUGGUUGAAGAUAACUAAACAGGAACAAAUUGAAUCUGAGGAUAAUUGA